AUGUCGUGGAAUCGGCAUGUGGACUACGCGGUGGAGAAGGCGGCACGGGUGUCGCGGGCGCUGCGGUGGCUAAUGCCACGCACACGCAUCAACAUCAACACCAGCAGACGCCGCCUGCUGGCCAGCGUGUCGGAGUCGGUGCUGAUGGCAGGCGGAGUGGGACUCGGCGGCAGCGGAGGUCUCCUGUGUAAAGGAAACUACGCGGAGCGCGUCGGUGCCGGAGCUCCGGUGUAUCUGGCGGCGGCGAUGGAAUAUCUGGCCGCGGAAGUGAAGAAGGAACUUUUUAAAGUGUGUAGUGUGAAAGAUCAUCAAAAUUACUACUACUCGCGUCAGCCGGCCCUGUUUCGUUUGCUGAUCAAACACCGCCUGUGGCCCAAGAAUGAAACGAUCGAGUACGAGAAACCGGAAAUGGACCGUGACGCCCCAUCGCCGUUUAUUUUCGGUGGAGACUCUGCUUCCAUUGAUACCUAUCCGUACCAGCUGUCGCUGCGCCACGAGGGAACGCACAUAUGUGGUGCAUCGGUCAUUUCCUCACGCUGGGCAUUGAGUGCAGCCCACUGCUUAGAUGAUGCCACCUAUCCGGCUGGAAUCACGUUCCGAGGCGGGACUCCGCAUCGCCUGGCUGGUGGCUAUAUUUUCAACGCGGACGAAUACUAUCUGCAUCCGAAGUUCGAUCGGCAAACGUUGGAUUACGAUGUGGCGGUAAUACACGUGACCGCAUCCUUUUUCAUUGACCGCAUCCAGGCGAUAGCAUUGGCGGACACCCACACGGUGUAUCCUAUCCCUUCGACCGCCACCGUAAUUGGCUGGGGCACUGCGGAAGAUGGUUAUACGCCCCUAAUACUGCAAUCGCUACAAGUGUACCUUCAACAGCGCUCGUUGUGUGCGGCGUCGUGGAUAGACCAGAUAACGGAGCGCAUGUUCUGCGCCGGUGGCGGCGAAGUGGGCAAGGAUGUCUGCAACGGAGACAGCGGUGGCCCGUUGAUACUGAACGGGUAUCAAAUUGGUAUCGUCUCAUGGGGUUCGAAUACUUGUGCCAUCAACCUUCCGGGCGUGUACACGGCGCUUACCAACGAUGAAGUUCGAGCGUUUAUCAAAGUUUAUGCCAGUGUCUGA